AUGACUGCUAGAUGGAAGCAGCUAGACACCCCUGAUAUCCAACAGCUGCUAAACAACGCGGAACUGGUGUCCAAUAUCAAGUCCACAUCGGACUGGUCCUACAGCACAUCAAGCUACGCCAGUCUCUAUCUGCAUAUUGCCAGAGAUGCAGGCUGCUUUAUUAAUCCCUUCUUCCAUCUGGUGUGCACCUUGCUCUCGCAAGCGGGCUGUCAGCUGCAUUGA